UACUGUGUGAAUCGAGGAAGUAAAUAAGAGUGUGUUUGGUUAUUUUAGUUGUCUGAGCGAGUGGAUUGUAGAACGGUUCAAAAUGUGGGCGUGUGACCCGGCGGUGACGACACCGAUCCUGGAGAGCUACAGCGCAGCAGGGCCGCUGUUCGUCCAAGCUCUGCAGGGCUUCUUAGCGGCACAGUGCGCCCUGGCCGGUGAUCACUUGUGGCCUGAUGACGCUACGGAAGCUGUGCUUCAAGAUCCCAAUUAUGACUUCAUCGUGGUGGGGGCCGGGUCGGCUGGUGCCGUUUUGGCGAACCGUCUGACGGAAGUUGCGGACUGGAAGGUUCUGCUUGUGGAGGCGGGCGGAAACCCUUCCUUAGGAACUAUGGUACCACAAGCAUUUUUUAGUAACAUGGGAGGUCCGGAUGACUGGGGCUACCGCCCAGUUCCUCAAGAAGGAGCCUGUCGGUCCUACGUCACGAAGAGCUGCGCCUGGCCACGAGGCAAGACCCUCGGCGGCUGCAGUGCCAUCAACGGCAUGUACUACGUCAGAGGCAACAAACUCGACUACGAUGAAUGGGCCGCCGCCGGCAACCAAGGCUGGAGCUACGAUGAUGUCCUACCGUACUUUAAGAAAAGUGAAAACUUCACUGGAACCCUAAACGAAGACACGAUCCCGUACCACAGUACUGGUGGAUACCUAAGCGUAGAGGACACUAAACAUAUUCAUGACAUUGAAAAAAUAAUGAUCAAUGCUGUUACGGAAAUCGGCAUUGAAGCCCUGUAUGAUAUAAAUGGCAGCAACCAAAUGGGAAUCACCAGAGCUUUCAGCACAACCAAAAAUGGAGUCAGACACAGCACAGCAUCCGCAUUUCUAAGCCCAAUAAAACAACGCAAGAAUCUACAUGUCAUCAAAAAUACGAUAGCAACGAAAGUUUUGUUUAAACCGCACACCCGAGACGUGGAAAGUGUUGUUUUGAAUAAGAAUGGUAAAGAAUUUAUUGUGAAAGCGAAAAAAGAGAUCAUAAUAUCAGCUGGUGCUAUCAAUUCACCCCAGUUGCUAAUGUUGUCAGGAAUAGGGCCUCGAAAACAUUUGGAAGACCUAAAUAUAGAUGUUAAAGUUGAUUUACCUGUAGGGGAAAACUUACAAGAUCACUUGUAUGUCCCUACCUACUUCAUACUGCCCGGUGAUAAAGAUACGCUUGGACUGGUUCAAAUUGCGGGAGCUUUCGCGGAAUAUAUAACGCAAAACACAGGAAUAUUCUCGGACACAAGUCCCCAUAAAGUGAUUUCUUUCUUUAAUACAACGGAUCCAAAAGCAAGCAGUCCAGAUGUAGAAUUUCAUCAGCUAUUUGUGCCUCCUAACUCUUAUAACUUUUUAGACCUUUUUAGUGUACAUGGGAUGAAUGAAGACUUAAUAAAAAAGUUUCGUGAGUUAAAUGAGAACAAUCAUAUACUUAUAACGGCCUUAGUUUUGCUGAGACCAAAGUCUAAAGGACGCAUUAUCCUCAAAAGCACCGAUCAUAAUGACCAUCCAUUGAUUUAUGCCAACUAUUUGCAAGAGCAAGACGAUGUCCUUACAGUCAUUAGAGGUUUCAAGCAAUACGCCUUAAAGUUGGAAGAUACAGAUGCAUUUAAGCAGGUUGGUUUAAAACAACAAUGGAUAGAAAUUGAAGCUUGCAAAAUGUUCGAGACAAAUUCAGACGACUUUCUAGAAUGUGUUGCUAGAGAAACUACAUUUUCCCUUUAUCAUCCUGUUGGAACUGUGAAAAUGGGCCCAGAUGGAGAUAUGAGUGCAGUAGUCGACCCGGAGUUAAAAGUUAAAAAUGUAAAAGGUCUAAGAGUGGUGGAUGCCAGUAUCAUGCCUGAUAUCACGCGAGGAAAUACAAACGCUCCAACAAUUAUGAUUGCCGAGAAAGCAGCUGACAUGAUAAAAGCAUUCUGGUCUAAAGGGCACACGGAACUAUAAACUAAAAGAAUAAAUACGACAUAUGGUGAAGUAUGAUUGGUGAUACAGUCCAUUAUUUAUCAAUUCUGGCAUCAAGAGAAAAUGGUAGGUAUAAAUAGAGUAAUUAAUACACCAAAUAAAAAACAAAUACUUUAUUUACAUUAAAAAUUUUACUUUGUUCACAAUCCUGUCUUGAUGAUCUUACACAUACGAUAGGGCUAACACAAUGACUAGCAACGAUUUACUUAAAAAUGGCACCAUCGACGACCCGGGUGCUGGCUCAAAAACUCUGCCCCAAACAGCAAAAGAAUACAACUCUUUCUCAGUGUUAACUAAGGUAUACGUGAAGACCGUGGUCUCAUCACCCUGUACUUCAGUAUACGUGUAUUCGCUCGGUUCUAAAGGCAUGAUAGACACAUCUAGGGAGAUCGGGAAGAAGGACGAAUCAUAGGCGUCCAAUCGAGUAUCAAGUGCUGGUGUAGGCACUGUAGCUACAAUAGUCAGCUCUUCAAAAAUCGAUGUAGAAUUUUCGACGAAUGUCGGGAAUCUGUAAAGAGCCAAAAAGCACUAAAUGUAAAAUGGGAAAUAAAAUUCAGACUCAACGU